AUGAAUUUAUUACCGAAAACUAAGGAAGAGUUUAAACAAAAAGAAUAUUGGGACUCCUUUUUUCAAAAGAGAGGAAAUAAAGCAUUUGAAUGGUAUGGAGAAUAUCCUGAAUUAGCUGAACAUUUACACAAAUACACUAAGAAGCAAGAUGAAAUACUUAUUGCUGGGUGCGGUAAUUCUACAUUGGGCCGAGAUUUGUAUGACAUUGGCUAUGAAAAAAUAACCAACAUUGAUAUUUCUCAAAUAGCAAUAAGGCAGAUGUUAUCACAAACUGAAAAAGACAGACCAAACCUAAAAUACCUUCAUAUGGAUGCCCUAAACACAACAUUUGAAAAUGAAACAUUUAAUGUUAUACUGGAUAAAGGUACAUUAGAUGCCCUUAUGCCCAAUGAUGAUGAAGAAACUGUAAAUAAUGUAAGAAAAUAUUUUGCAGAAAUUGAAAGAAUACUAAAAGUGGGAGGAAGAUAUGUUUGUAUAUCUCUAUUGCAAGCACAUAUUUUGGAUAUUAUUUUAAAUUAUUUUCCCAGUAACAACUGGAUGUUUAGAGCAGUUAGAUGCUUUGAUGCUGAGAAGAAGGCCACAGACAAUGGGGAGAAUUCCAUGCCUGUGUUUAUUGUUGUUUGUACCAAGUUUAAGGCACUUCCAAGAAAGAUUUUAGAAUUAAACUUGGGCUCUGCUGACAAAAUGCAGAGAUUGGAAAGCACAGAAGAAGUUAAAACUCAUGUUUCCAGUACACAACAGGCUGCUUUUAUUUGUUCAGGGUUAAAAAGAAGUUCCCUAAGUGAUGAUUUGGAAGUUACAUUGGAUCUUUAUCAACCUGGUGAUUCCACAAAGCCCAGGUUUACAGUUUAUGUGGUUGAUAUAAAUCCUGAACCAAAAAAUUCACAGUAUGCUGCAUUUAUUGUACCUCAAGGAAGGGAGGCAGAGUGGCUUUUUUCAACAAAAGCUGGAAGAAAACACCUAGUUAAAAUGACAAAACAUAAUAGAUUAACAAUUGUUACAAUGCACAGAGGGCAUAAGUAUGAAUCUUUUGAGGCAGUGCAAAAUGAAUUGACUGAUACUGUAUGUAAUUUAGCCCCCUCUGCAUUGACAAACAAGAAGAUACCAUUUUUAUCCCUUGGCUCAGAUGUAGGUAAAAGAACAAUAAGACAUGAAGGAAACUCUGAAUUUUCAGGAGAUUACAUCAUUGAAGAUGUAGAAACUGACAACAGAGAAAAAUUUAGAAGAUUGUAUUAUUUAAGCACUCAACUGGUAAUACAAUCAGAAGCAAGACUAAAAACUAUAAGAACGCGUAAAGGACAACUAAAAGAAAUUGUCGACUUGACUUACUUGACUUGCAAACACCAUGUGUACAUGAGUUUGGGGGCUCAUUUGGCUGUAAGUGCUCAGAAUAAUUUAUUAGCUGUGAUAGGGCUGGGAGGUGGGGGGUUGUGUUCCUUUUUACAUAAGUUUUUGCCUGAUAGUAAAGUAUUGGGAGUUGAUAUUGAUAAAGACAUGUUAAAAAUUGCUAUGGAAUGGUUUUCCUUUCAACAAAAUGAAAAACUCGGUGCCAGGAUAGAGGAUGGUGUGCAGUUUAUAAAGGAAAAAGCCCAAAAUGGUGAAAAAUUAAAUGCCAUUUUAUUUGAUGUGGACAGCAAAGACACUUCAAUUGGAAUGAGUUGCCCCCCAAAAGCCUUCCUAGAAAACGAGGUAUUAGAAAACAUUGUAAAAAUUCUAGAUAAAUCCGGUUUAUUCAUAUUAAACGCUGUAAUAAGAGAUCAGUCUCUUAGACCUACUAUUAUUAAAAAUUUAAGACAUAAAUUUAUAACCUUAAUUUCCUAUAAAUUGGAAGAUGAUCUAAAUGAAAUUAUUAUUUGUUCAAAUGAUAAAAUAAGUGAGGAUAAGAUUAAGCACAAUCUAACUGAGUCUUGUACAGUUUUGAAUAAAUUUUUCAAAAAAAAUAAUUUAAAUGAUUGUACAAUUGAUAUACCAAACUUUUUGAAUAGUUUAAAAAUAAAUAGUUAA